GCGUUUGGAAAUCCCAUCAGUGUCAUUGCUAGAGCGAAAGCUGUGCUUUGGUGAGGACAAGAGCAGACCUCUGCCAAGCUCUGGACCCCUCUUGCCGCCCAGCAGUGUCCUUAAAAGAGUCAAGGCCUUCCUGCCGUCCAUGCAGCAGGCCAAUGAGCAGCUGGCGCAUGCCCUUGCGAGUGAGCCUGAAGGGCUGGACAUCGAGAACGUGGAGGAGGGACGCCCCCACAUUGAGAUGGAUCUUGCCUGUGGGGUUUUGGACCUCAAGGAUGAGCAGGCAGUCUCACUGGCUGAAAGGUCCCUGAGGGAUGGUCGGCCUGCCAAAGAGUUGCCUCCAGGCAGCCCUGAUGCAAGCAGCAGCAGCGAUGAUGAGGAUGAUGAGGGUGUGGAAGGGGAUGGAGAACCAAUGAGCAUGGAAGGGGAAGCAGCAUCUGGGAUUGCCGAUGUCAUCGACGGACAGCAGAAAGGCAGUCAGGGGCAGAAAGGCAGUCAGGGAGGUGGGCACAAGGGCCGGAGGCGAGCAGGAAUUGUGGAGCUGCAUGCAGAGAAGGAGAAGGCGCAAGACACUGCGGUGACAUAGCAGUAAAGUCUCCUGUUAAGCCUCUGAUGCUCACUGACAAAGCCUGUUUGCAGCAUUGCCCGGGCAUGUACUGCAUGCCCAACAGUGACAUCUUGCAUUUCAUAAUGGUUCAGUUGCUGUUGAGCUCUUUGAGUGAUCAGAAGGUUGCAGCCGCUAUGCACCAGAAAGAAAAGGUGCCCUUAGGAUAUUGCAACAACAAUUGGGACGAUCGUGGUCAUGAUGUGCAUGUGCAAUGUCAUGAUGGAGACUUGAUGCAACAACUGGAGCAUUUUUCUGGCGUUUUUGUUGUUGUUAAUGUGAACACUAAAAGUACUGCACAUGAUGCAGCACACAUGUAAGUCAUGCAGGUGAUC